ACUUUUAGUCCCUCUUUGUUUGUUCUGUAACCGUUAGUACUUUUUCUUAUUCCUAUCUCGAAUUUCCUUGUUAUUUGAAACUGUAGUCCUCUAGCGAGAUCCCCCGAUCUAGUGAUCCAGAAGUUUGGUAGUCACUGUAGCAGCUCACAGCUGUUGUUGUUGGUAUUGUUGUUGUCAAGAUGAACGGCUGCGAGGAAUUCCCUUACGACAGCGACGAAACCACGUCUUGCCAGGGUAACUCUGACUCGGAGUUGACUGUUGAUGAGAUAGAGUAUAACGACACUAUAGUUAGAGGUGUUAAAUGGAAAGCUGCACUGAAAUACAUGAAGGGGGACGAAGAGUUGGGUUUAUUAAAACAGGACGUAAAGGAAUAUUGGAUCACGAAACAUUUCAAGGGCGUGACCUGCAAUAGAUUUAUAAAGGAUCCAACUGAUUACAAAGACUCAACCUUAUGUAAGUGUGGACGUUACGACAAGGAUCAUGAGAAAACCAGGUUCCCCUGCACCACGGAGACAGACUCCACCAUAGCGUGGACUACUGAGACGUGCACUGCCUCCUUCACUACUAACGCUUUCGGGCACAUAAACUUUACUAAAGUGGAAGCUGAUGUAUUGCCAAAGUACCUACGGUUCCAACAUGACACGGAUAUAAAACUUAUCAGAGAACUUAUCAAAGACAAGUGGAACCUUCCAAAGACUUAUCUUAUCAUGGUCGUCAUCGGAGGUCUGAAUUGCAAGGAUAAAGAAAGCAAUGUACACAAAUCAAAUCAGUGUCUUGGUGGAUUAAUCGUUGAGACUGAUGCCGUAAACGAUGCUCACGGCAACGGAUUUAGGAGAUAUAGCCACAAAAAGCGUGAGCUGAUUGAGAAGAUAAAAGAUGGAUUAGUAGAGGCAGCUCUCUCUACUCAGGCCUGGAUCAUCACAAGCGGUGUUGAUAGCGGUGUUUCCAAGUUGGUUGGUGAGGCGGUGGGAACACGCAGAACAUUUACUCAAACCAUCCCAACUUUAGGAGUGGCUGCUUGGGGCACCAUCAGGGAUAGGAACCAACUUGAGUACGACAGUUGCGAGGGUUUGUUCCCGGCUAACUACACCGUAACCGAAGGUUCCAGAAUGUCUGGACAGAUCGCUCUAGAUCAUAACCACACCGCUUUUCUUCUGCCUGACUUUGGUACACACCGAAGCUAUCAUGUUAACAAGAUGUGUGAUUUUAAGAUAAACCUUGAAAAAGAGCUCAAGGAAGCAACCAAGUCCAACCUCAUUACCAUUUUGAUAGAGGGAGGACUGUCCUCUCUGAUUGAAGCGGGAGAAAGAGUGAAAAAUAAGAUCCCGAUAGUGGUAAUGAACGGGACUGGCAGAGCAGCAGAUCUUAUUGGGAACGCUAGACAGCUUUUACAACGACAUAAUGGGGUCGACGAUCCAGAGUUUUUAGAAGAGCUGGAAAGGGAGUUUGAUACUCACUUUACGAAAUCUAGAGAUCGGAUUGGCAACUUAACACAAGCAUUUGAUGCGAUAAAGAUAAUAUUAAAAAGUAAACAUUUGGUAACAAUAUGGGACCCCUCCGUAUCAGAUGCUGGUAAGAUAGACAAGGCAAUACUGUUGGGUCUGAUAAACUCGUUAGCAGAACCAGACUCCACGCAACUCUCCUCUGACCAGACUUCAGACGGUUCUGCUUCACAAGAGGACACGGACACCUGUACUUCACGUCACGUGAGAGAGUUCAACCAGCUCGAACUAGCCAUCAGAUGGAACAGACUGGAUCUGGCGGAGGAGCAUCUCUUCAAGGGUAAAGACUUCAGUAUGGAACAGCUCAACGAGCUGCUCUGGAUUGCUCUCGAGCACAAAAAUAUUAACUUUGCUUCCUCUAUUCUGACAAAAGGAGCUAAUUUAAAGAGAUACCUUACGGAGAAGAGGUUCUGGGAUUACCUUAACUCAAAAAAACACCUUGCCAAGAGCCCACUAAAGAAGCUCAUGAAAAUGCAUGUUUCACAUAACAUAAAGGAAUUUAACGAUAGCUUUAUUUAUGAGCAUUUCUUCAAAGUCAUCUAUACGAUCAGUCAGGGAGUUUACAAAUGUCCUAAGAAAAUGACCCCUUCAGAGACUUGCAAUGCUGUUGUCUCCAAGAAAGGAAUGUUGAUGAAGGAUAUACUAAGCUGUGGGUUGGGAUACAACCACAUCAAGAAAGUAAACAUGUCUAACUACUGCAAACGUACACUUGGGGACCUACCACCGGGCGUUUCUCCGCUACCUGACUUUGAGGAUCCAGAGAAUCUGCUGGUAUUGUACUUUGUUCUGAUCUACGAACACGAUGUUGCUAAGUGUUUAUGGAGGUACUCCAGAACUCCGCUCAUGCUCAGCUUGAUAUGCGCUCAUGUAUGUGGUUGGCUAGCUGACCAAGAGAAACGACGAAAAGAAAUCACCGGAGAAGACAAAGUCCAAUUGAGAAAAUGGAAAUGUGAGUGGGAAGGUUUAGCGAUAAAGAUAGUUGACACAACUAACGAGAACUAUGAUGCUAACUGGGUACAGGAUCUCAUCAAGCACCGGUUCUAUUCGUGGGGAGGCCGCUCUUCCAUCGAGAUAGCUGCGUUCAUGAACUCGCACCUGUUUCUGGGGCACCCUGGAGUACACAAGUACGUUACAGAUAGCUGGAUGGGAUCCUUGGAUCCUGACACCAGCUACUCAAACAUUCUGGUUGGGAUUCUGUGUACCCCUAUAUUCAUUGAUAUCAGGAGAUUCAAGAAAAUCAUUCAACCUGCUAUCUCAGAGGAGGAAAUCAAAGAAAAACAGAAGAACGAGUUCAUAAGCCAAAAGAAAAAGCUCACUAAAGGAGACACGGAGUUGGGUCUCAGAAAGAAGCGGUCAUGGUCUCUAAUGAGAAGCAUUCAUUACGCUUGUCUCAAGUUCAUCUGGUUUCAUCGGGCACCUGUUACCAAGUAUUUCGUCAAUUUGCUGAUAUACCUCUCAUUCCUGAUGGUGUUCUUUUGCGCACUCGUUCUCAACGACAGCAAUCAAAAAUAUCUCCUCGGAUCCCGCUUUAAAGACUUCAGCAUUCUAGAGUUGACAGUCAUUCUGUACAUGGUAUCGACGAUUCCUCUUGAGAUGCGGCAGGUUUAUCAUAGCAUGCCCUCGACGAUAAAAGCAAAGCUCUUCUCUUACUGGUCCAAUACGUAUAACAAAUACGACGUUUUCAGUCUCAUCACUCUGCUUCUUAGUGUUAUGACCAAGCAAGGGUAUUUUACGCUUGGUAAAGGCGACAAAUAUCAGAUGUACGAUAUGGUGGCAUAUAAAUCACUCAUGGGCCUGACCUUCUCUCUUACUACUACAAGACUUCUUCAAUUCCUUCAAAUCAACUCGAAAAUGGGACCCAAAGUAUCAACGAUAACUCGAAUGUUCAUCGAUUUACUCUUCUUCAUUUUUAUCAUCGCCAUCUUCAUUGUCGCUUAUGGCGUUGCUACUGAAGCGAUCAUCUUCCCCAUCGGAAAGGAAGAUGGUAUUACCAACCUUUGGAACAUUAUCUGGAGACCGUACGUGCAUUUGUUUGGAGAACUAGCGUUAGACACUCUUGAUGAUCAGUUGAAUAUUGGUUACUGCAAACUGAAAAUCAAAGUACAGAACGGUGAAACAGCUGAUGAAAUAGACUAUUCGUCCUGUUUGGGAGACGACAGUUUGUUCUCCUGUGACGAAGACAAGCCUUGUCAGUACGCUAGGAUAGUUGUUCAAGUCUUCCUUGCCAUAUACAUGAUGUUAGCCGCUGUGCUCAUGUUAAACCUGCUUAUUGCUGUCUUCAGUAAGACCUAUGAGACAAUGACGGUGGAGAAUCGGGACAAUUUGCUGUGGAAAUGGCAGAGGUAUGAUCUGAUGAUGGAGUUCAAGCAACGCUCGGCGGUUCCAUUUCCGCUCAGUCUUAUAGCGUAUGUUCUGCGGUUGGUAAGGUGGUUGUGGAGGCGGUGUUGCUCGUGCGGUAGUGCACAAUUUUUCGAACGGAGAGAGGCUCAGAAGAAGAACGACGAGUACAAGAAAGCUCAGAUGUCACUGCUGGAGCGGGAGUGUCUGAGGAAUAUCAUUAAGAAGAUUGAGGUUGACGCCCAGAAAGAGCGUGGUAGUGAUCCAGAGACCGAGAAACAUCGCAGGAACGACAGAUCAGUUUCUCCUCUGAAGAGAGAAAUUCCAAAACCGUUAGGAUACGAGGAGGAACUAGAUGAGAAUGAGAUAGACGGCUUAAUCGCUAUAGCAGAGGAUAUCCAGAUAACAUUUACCUCCCCUACCACUCCCCCACCUUCCGGACGAUUCAAUCCUAUGGAAAAAUAUUUGGACGAUAUUCUUGAGAACACAUGUUAUCCUCGAAGUGACAGUGUACGAUUUCAUUUGAACUCCGAGAAAAGAGACUGGAACAUGAGUCUCCCUAACUACAAGCCGACCAUUCUUAACCUCGACGUUAAAGAGGAAUUGGAAACCGACUGGAAUGUGUCCGGAAAGAAUGCAAGCUAUGAUGGUCACUACGCUGUCGAGAAGUCCUAUCCUCGAAAUCCACUAGGAAGAACUGGGAUAUUCGGGAGAGGUCAUCUGCCCAGAUACGGGCCCAACUUUAAAUCUAUUCCUAUCCUGACAAGGUUCAAGGUCCCCGAAGAAGCCCCUAAGUUGGACACGCCCUUAGAAGUGCUGGUUGAGUUUCCCGACCCCGCCAACAAGCGAUAUUAUGAUCUUCCUGAGUUAGAUUCGAAAGCUGAUGAACCUCUGACAAGUGGAUUUAUCAAAGAGUUGUUCUCACAUAUCUCAAGCACAAAUGCCUCAGCCAGAAUUCAACUCAAGAAAAUAUUAAGAAGGGGUAUAUUGAUCAAAAGAGGAGCUGUAGAUUCAGACUUAAACACGGAUAAUGCGUGGGUCGAGGUUUUCAUAGCCAGUUACCAUGACGACGAGGAACUGGCGCUCAGAGGGGUUCAGUUCCAGGCUGACAGCAAAUACGGUUGGGUGACAGUGACAAAGGAGAUGUUCCAAGAUAAGAUUCAUGCACGUUACUUCGAGAGGGUCGUCUACAAUCGCCGUGUAUCGCAGUACGUUGGACACGACGUCAAUAUUUAAACAAAUGAAAUAUUACUUUGGACUUAAUGAAUAAACUUUUAAAAAAUGUGUUACCAAGAUUUAUUAUAUAUCCGGCUUUUACUGCGAUUUUUGAUUUUGUAUCAUUUAUAUUGAUUAUGCAUAAUCAUUGCGUUGUCUGCUGCAAUUAUGAUGUAUGGUCGUGCGCAUUUUGAGAGUUUUUAAAAUUUAAGACAGUUUCCUCGUAUUGGUAAAAUUGUGUUUAUUUUUGAUAUAUUUGGGUAUUUAUUUUUAAUUUGUAGUAUUAUAAUGUAUUAUUGAUGCAAUUGUGAUACAAUCAA